GCUUCUCCUGAAUUUCCUCGCCCACCGCCAUCCCACCGUAUAUUAAAUCAUUUCAAAUCAUUUCACUUGAACUAUUCGUAUUUCCGCCCGUUAUUCCGCUGCCUAUCCCUCCCUCCAUCGCUUUCGCGCAGCACGAGCGUUGCGCCGCGGCCUGGAUCGGCGAGUCCUACAGACUUCACUUCUCGCCCCGAUCGUCAAUCCUAAAAGACCACCUGGGACCCUGCCGAGAGAUUUCAUCUUCUCGCCCGUCCCUGUCUCACUGAUCGACCCGUCAUUCGUUUCACCCUGAUCAGCCUCUCAACUCCCUUGCCGUUCGCUCCGCACUCCAACCAUCCAGAUUCAGCCCUGCGGCCUCCAUCCAUCCAUCCAUCCAUCCAUCCAUCCCUCCCACCUUCCCACUUUCCACCGAAACAGCUUGACUCGGCGCAGCGCCCGCUACCAUCAUGGCUCUCGGGCCCGCAAGAUAUCUACUAUUCGCCAUCACGGGGUUGGCCCUCUUCUUCCUCAUCUCCCGCAGCGCGAUUCCCAUCCCCGAGAACAUCGGCACCAAGUUGAACCCCUCCACCUACAAGGACUCCUUCAGGGCCUCCCCCUCCUCGCAGAACGAUGCCUCCGCGUCCAGCGGGCCGAGCAAGUACAUCCCCGAGGCGAGCCGUGUGAACGCCACCUUCGUGACCUUGGCUCGCAACAGUGAUGUGUGGGAGAUGGCCAAGUCCAUCCGGACGGUGGAGGACCGCUUCAACCACAACCACCACUACGACUGGGUGUUCCUGAACGACAAACCGUUUGACGACGAGUUCAAGAAGGUUACGUCGGCCCUGGUGUCCGGCAACACCCACUACGGCGUCAUCCCCAAGGAGCAUUGGUCGUACCCCGAGUGGAUCGACCAGGACAAGGCCAAGAAGGUGCGCCAGGAGAUGGGCGAGAAGAAGAUCAUCUACGGCGACUCGGAGAGCUACCGCCACAUGUGCCGCUACGAGUCGGGCUUCUUCUUCCGCCACGAGCUGAUGAUGAACUACGAGUACUACUGGCGCGUGGAGCCCAGCAUCGAGCUCUUCUGCGACAUCGGCUCCGACCCCUUCCGCUACAUGAAGGAGAACAACAAGAAGUACAGCUUCGUCCUCAGUCUGUACGAGUACUACGACACCAUCCCCAGCCUGUGGGGCACCACGCAGCAAUUUAUGCAGAAGCACCCCGAGCACAUCGCCAGCGACAACUCGAUGGGCUUCCUGAGUGAUGACGGCGGAAAGACCUACAACAAGUGCCACUUCUGGUCCAACUUCGAGGUCGGAAGUCUGGAGUGGCUGAGAUCUAAGGAGUAUAUCGAUUACUUCGAGACCCUGGACCAGGCCGGUGGCUUCUUCUAUGAACGAUGGGGCGAUGCACCGGUCCACUCCAUCGCGGCGGGCAUCCUCCUGAAAAAGGAGGAGAUCCAUUUCUUCAACGAAAUCGGCUACUACCACGUCCCCUUCACCCACUGUCCGACGGGCGAACAGCUGCGGAUGGACCUGAAGUGCCACUGCAACCCCAACGACAACUUCGACUGGAAGGGCUACUCUUGCACGUCCCGCUACUUCCAGGUCAACAACAUGGACAAGCCCAAGGGCUACGAGAAUGAGAGUUGAAUACGUGGUGUAGGCCAAAUUCUCGUCUGCGUUCUUGCUAUUGGCAGCAUCGCUGUGGCGCUGAGCAGAAACGGCCGGGCAUGUGUGGCCGGCAUCGCUGGGCAUCUCCUGGGCCAAGCAGGAGCCGGCCGAGGCACUGUUCAGUCGUGGAGAGGCACCGCCUAAUCGCCGCCUCCCCGCCUCCGCGGCCCUGCCUUCGUCUUUUCUUUUCCUUUUUUUUGAUUUCCUGAUUUCCGAGCCGGGUGUCAUGUGUUCAUAAAGAUUGUCGGGGAUUUCGUCCGGGCGUACUCAUCACAUCAUUUCUGUCAUAUUUCCGGGGCCGUCUGUACUGGCGUGUGGGAUAGAAGGGAAUGGAGCUUUGCUGCAGCACGGAUUGCCUCAUAAAUGUACAUAGCCAUUUUCUAAUGAUAACAACGAUAAGAUCCGUCUUAAAAAAAA